AUGAGGCCGAGACGAAUUUCGGAAAAAACGAAAGAGUUAUUCAAGAAACGGCGAGCUUUGAAGAGGGAAGAUCCAACGGGACCGGAAUUUAUGGAAGUUUGUAGGCAGAUACGGGUGCAGAUGAAGAAAGAUUUCCAGCGGUAUAAACGUUGGAAAAGAGGGCUAGAUAUAUCAUCAUCGUCAGAAAGCAAUAGCGAAGAAGAGACGGACGAGGAAGACGUCCCGGAAGAGAACAAAGCAUUGCAAAAUUCCGAAUCUGAAGAUGAAGCUGAAUCUGAAACGAUGGAGAAGAGUGCCAAAAGCAAAGAAGCUCAGACGACUGGAUCUGAAGCAGUACAACAAAUGGUGAGUGCUGAGCCAGCAGCCGUAGAAAAAGAUUCUGAAAAAGUACCACCGGAGAUAUGUAGUGAAAAAAUAGCGGAGUCGAAAGAUGAUGUUUCACCGAAGGUAAUUGAAGGAGAACAAAAAAUGGAACAAUCAGGCUUGUCCUCCUGGACUACGCUCCCGGAAUAUGCUCAGAAGCAGCAAGGGGGUGGAUGUUGGACUAUGAUUCCGCAGCAUACCGAGAAAAUACAAGAUACUGCGGCAGAAGUAGCAGCAUUAGCUUCUGAAAGCAGUGCAGCAGAAGCAAUAACUUCUGGAAGCAGUACAGCAGCAGCGGCAGCAGCAGUAGUAGCAUCAGCUUCUGGGAGCAGUGUAGCAUCGGUUACCAAGCAGAAUGUCCAGGAAGAAAGUGCAGCAACAGCAGUUAGCAAAGCCGAUUCAUCUGGAUCGCUGGAAUGUGACACGGAGUUGCCGACGAUCAAGGGCAGGUAUGGAUGA